AUGUCAGACACUCAAUCAAAAAUCGAUUCGUUGCAAGAAUUAAAUUCUCAACUCAUUGCCACGGUUGCUGAUCUUAGAAAGGAGAAUGCUGAGAUCAAGGCCGAGAAUACAAAAUUGAAACAAACCUUACCUGAAAAACAGAAUAAUCUGACCCAUGACCGUGUUUAUUUUCGUAAUAAGAUAGUGUGGGGAUAUUCUGAUCUAUAUAAAGAAUUUAGUAGUGAAAAAUUUGAUUAUUAUGGAAUUCAUGAGGGGUCAUUAUGCUCAAUGUGCAAACAAAGUCAUGAGGAAGGAAAAAGUAUAAAAGGUAGAUACGAAGCUGGAUCCUAUUUUAUUAAAUGUAAACAACAAGAAAUUGAAAUAACUGCCAAGAUAUUAACUGAUGACUAUUGCAAAUGGCAUGCUAAUUUAGUUGAUUUACCAAGUUCUCAGACAGAUAAAAUUCGUUCUAGGUUAUAUAAAGCAUAUAUGGAAGAGACUGGACUCGAUCCUUGGAUAAAGUCUGAAACUUUUGAAUCCCCACAAAGCGAAAAUGCUGAUAAUCAUAUCAUACAAGACAUUUCGUUGGAAACUCAGGUAAUGGCACCAAACAAAAAUCGUCUUUAUCAGUAUGCCAUCGAACAUGGAAUAAAUUCCAAAGAAUUUUCGAUCAUUACAGAGGCUGAAAAAAAUAGAUGGGCCAUGGGAUGUUUUCGUGGGGAUUUGGAAAGAGAUAUACAUUUCUAUCGUGAUGGAAUAGAAAGAAAAGAAGACCCUAGAAAAUAUCGUAAAUUUUUAACAGAUCGGGAUAGGCUAAUCGGAGAAGAGUUAUUACGUCGCAGUAUAUUAAAGAGUGAUUUAAGUACUACAUGGCUAGACGAUCUGAUGAAAGAAUGGGAAGAAAUCCAUAUUCAAUUCGUACAAAUUUUUAGCCAGACAUAG